CCAGACUGUCUGGCGCUGUUAAGCUGCUUUAUCACUUGUUGCGCCACUGUUAGCCGCACUGUUAACAAGUCGUCCGCUUGUUUUCAUCGAAUCGAGUUGGGAAUUUACUCAAAAGCGAUUUUCUUUUCGCUGCAACAGGUUUCCAGCGCCGCCAACCCCUUUCCAAACGGGCACGCUUGCAUCCGGGGACGCAGAUCGCAUGAAUCAGUCGCAACCGGUUGAAUCGCACAUCAGUGAAAGAUGAGUGGCGCCGAGACCGAGGCACAGGGCCAAAACCAAGCGAAUGGCAACAGGACCAGGUCGCGUUCCCACUUGGACAACACGAUGUCCAUCCGACUGCUGCCGCUGCCCGUGCGAGCCCAACUAUGUGCCCAUUUGGACGCCCUGGACGUGUGGCAACAAAUGGCCACGGCGGUAAAACUCUAUCCAGAUCAAGUGGAGCAGAUAAGCAGUCAGAAACAACGCGGCCGCUCAGCCUCCAAUGAGUUCCUCAACAUUUGGGGCGGCCAGUACAAUCACACGGUGCAAACUUUGUUUGCUUUGUUCAAAAAAUUAAAGCUCCACAACGCCAUGCGACUGAUCAAAGACUACGUUAGCGAGGAUCUGCACAAGUACAUUCCCAGGAGCGUGCCCACCAUCAGUGAGCUGCGCGCUGCUCCCGAUUCCAGUGCCAAGGUGAACAAUGGCCCGCCAUUUCCCUCCUCCUCGGGCGUCAGCAACUCAAACAACAAUCGCACCAGCACAGCGGCAACGGAGGAGAUACCCAGCCUGGAGACCCUGGGCAACAUCCACAUUAGCACGGUCCAGCGGGCAGCCGAGUCCUUGCUAGAGAUCGAUUAUACGGAGCUGGAAAACGCCACGGACAGGUGGAGUCCGGAGAAUCGCCUGGGACAGGGUGGAUUUGGAGAUGUGUAUCGCGGGAAAUGGAAGCAACUGGACGUGGCCAUCAAGGUGAUGAACUACCGCAGUCCCAAUAUCGACCAAAAGAAGGUGGAGCUGCAGCAGAGCUACAACGAACUAAAGUAUCUAAACAGCAUCCGGCACGACAACAUCCUGGCCCUCUACGGAUACAGCAUCAAAGGUGGAAAGCCGUGCCUCGUUUACCAGCUGAUGAAGGGCGGUUCCCUGGAGGCUCGCCUGCGAGCCCACAAGGCCCAAAAUCCACUACCAGCUCUCACCUGGCAGCAGCGGUUUAGCAUCAGCCUCGGCACGGCUAGAGGCAUUUACUUCCUGCACACGGCGCGAGGCACUCCGCUCAUCCAUGGAGAUAUCAAGCCGGCCAAUAUCUUGUUAGACCAAUGUCUGAUGCCGAAGAUUGGUGACUUCGGGCUGGUGCGCGAGGGUCCCAAGUCCUUGGACGCUGUGGUGGAGGUGAACAAAGUUUUUGGCACCAAGAUCUACCUGCCACCGGAGUUCCGCAACUUCAAACAACUCAGCACGGGUGUGGACGUCUACAGCUAUGGCAUUGUGCUGUUGGAGGUGUUCACGGGGCGCCAGGUGACGGACCGCGUGCCAGAAAACGAAACGAAAAAGGAUUUGCUGCACUACGUCAAGCAGCAGUGGCGGCAGAACCGCAUGGAGCUGCUGGAAAAGCACCUUGCAGCACCGAUAGGCAAUGAGUUGGACAUGUGCAUGUGCGCCAUCGAGGCGGGCUUGCAAUGUACUGCCCUGGAUCCGCAGGAUCGACCAUCCAUGGACGCGGUGCUCAAGCGUUUCGAUCCAUUUGUAGCCGACUAGAUUGUGUGCCUUAUUAUGUUACCUUUAUUGACGAACUUCAAAAGUUCGAAGAAGAAUUGAACCAUUUCCACAUAUUGUGAUCGAUUGCAAUAUAUUAUUAACUUUAACAUUGCGAGGAUAUCCCCCUAAGGACUUAUUGUUAUGCAAAAACUGUAAAUGCUUAAACUAUUUUUUAUUAAAAUUUUGUACACAUA